AUGCCCGACUGGAAACGUACUAGUGCUGCGAUUGGUGCGGCCGCUUUGCUCUCUGCUACAGGGUACGCAGUGUACUUCGACUACCGGAGGCGGAACAACGCCGAGUUCCGGAAGCAAUUGAGACACAAGGCUGUGAAGCAGAAGAAGCUUGCGCAGCAGGACGCCGCGCGGGCGAAGAAGGAGCGUCUGACGAGCGUCCAAGCGUUUCUGCAGGCCGAAUUGGCCGCGGACCCGAUCUCAACGGCAGUCUCCGAGAUGGAGUCGACGUUCACGGCGAACGUCGAGCUCGGAAAAGCUGUCCGUGGUCCCGGGAACGAGAUGGUCGCCGCAGCCAAGUUCUACAAGGCGCUCGCAGUGUACCCUAACCCGGCGGAUCUGCUUGGGAUCUAUCAGCGGACGAUCCCGGAGGCCAUCUACGAGUACAUCGUGCUGAUGAUCGCCGUGCUUCCGCCCACCAACAUUACCAGCUUCAUCAACACGGAGGCUGCCGGUGCUGGUGCAGAAGAGCCCCUGAUCAGCGAGAGGAACGUCCAGGAACUGCAAGAACCUACGGACUGA